GUCCCGUUUGCUCUCACAGUUCUGCUGGAUGCUGUGCGGGAAGCUCAGGCGAGCUCUGACGAGGCGACAUGGUGAGGAUGUGGUCACUUCCCACAGAGAAUGCAGUGACAUAUGAUGAUGUAGUAGUGAACUUUACUCGGGAAGAAUGGACUUUGCUGGAUCCUUCCCAGAAGAUUCUCUACAAAGAUGUGAUGCUGGAGACCUAUAGGAACCUCACUGCAAUAGGCUAUAAAUGGGAAGAUAACAAUAUUGAAGAAGAUUGUGAAAAUUCUGGAAGACAUAGAAGGCAUCUUCAAAAACAUGAACCAACUAACACUGAAGAGAAAUCCUAUGAAUGUAUUCAAAAUGAUGGAGCCUUUGCAAAAAAUAUUUACCGUCAGAUACAUAAAAACAUGUAUACUGGAUCCUUUGUGUCUAAUACUGGUCUUCAAAUACAUACAAAAACACAUUCUGGAGAAAAAGUCUAUGAUGAUAACCAAUGUGGUAAAGCCUUUACUCGUCACAGUAAUCCUCAAGAGCAUAAUAAAAUACCUACUGGAGAAAAACACUAUGGAUGUAACCAAUGUGGCAAAGUCUUUCCAUGUCACAGCAAACUUCAAAUCCAUAAAAGAACACAUACUGGAGAGAAACCCUACAAAUGUGACCAAUGUGGCAAAGCCUUUGGAUAUGACAGUAAUCUUCAAAGGCAUAAAAGAAUACAUACUAAUGAAAACCUCUAUGAAUGUGACCAAUGUGGCAAAGUCUUUACAUGUAACAGUGGUCUUCAAAUGCAUAAAAGGACACAUAGUGGGGAGAAACCCUAUGAAUGUAACCAAUGUGGCAAAGCCUUUGCACGUCACAGCCACCUGCAAAUUCAUAAAAGACAGCAUACUGGACAGAAACCCUAUGAAUGUAACCAAUGUGACAAAGCCUUUACACAAUUUAUUAAUCUUCAAAUCCAUAAAAGGCAGCAUACUGGAGAGAAACCCUAUAAAUGUAACCAAUGUGGCAAAGCCUUUACACGUCACAACAAACUUCAAAUUCAUAAAAGAAUACAUACUGGAGAGAAACCCUAUGAAUGUAACCACUGUGGCAAAGCCUUUGCAUGUCACAGUAAUCUUCAAAAGCAUAAAAGGACACAUACUGGAGAGAAACCCUAUGAAUGUACCCAAUGUGGCAAAGCCUUUGCAUGUCACAGUGAUCUUCAAAUCCAUAAAAGAACACAUACUGGAGAGAAACCCUAUGAAUGUACCCAAUGUGGUAAAGCCUUUGUAUGUCAGAGUGGUCUUCAAAUGCAUAAGAGAACACAUACUGGAGAGAAACCCUAUGAAUGUGAUCAGUGUGGUAAAGUCUUUGCACGUCACAGUAAUCUUCAAAUCCAUAAAAGAAGACAUACUGGAGAGACCCUAUGAAUGUGAUCAAUGUAGUAAAGCUUUUGCAUAUCAUAGCAAUCUUCAAAUGCAUGAAAGAAAGCAUACUGGAGAGAAAACGCCAUGAAUGUUUUCAAUGUGGCAAAGCUUUUGCAUGUCACAUUAAGUCUUCAAAGGCAUAAGAAAACACAUACUGGAGAAAAACCCUAUGAAUGUGACCUAUGUGGCAAAGCCUUUGUAUACCAUAGUAAUCUUCAAAGCUUAAAAGAAUACAUUGUGGGGAGAAACACUGUGGAUGUAAUGUGGCGAAGCCUUUGUGCCACACCAACUCCAGUGGAGUCUGUGUGACGUGACAAAAGUCGUGCUUUCAGAUCUGAGGUGUGUGUUCCUUGGAACUGAGCCUCCUGGAGGUCCUUGGCAUCCUGCUUCUACAAGCUAUUCCAGUGCAUAGAUAAGAUUCUGUGGAUUUGGGUUCUGUGCCUUGUCUUUCUUGAUUUUUAUGAUAAUAGUUAACAUAAUGCAACCUGGCCAGAUCUUGAUAGAUCAAGGGCCUAAGGGAUGUUCCAGGAAACAUUCCUGAUAGUGUGAUCACUCCAGGACCUACAAAGACUGUUGCCAAUGAACCUGAUGACCAGCACCAGGUAAUACCAGACUUGGGUCAAAGAAGAUUCAUGAACUGUUCAGCAUAAGAUCCCCCAUUUUUCCAAGCUUUAUCUAGAGUUAAGUAGAAGGAAAAUGAGAUAUUUUGAGAUGAAUAAAUUAGUUAUAAUAGGAAGAGUUGUUUGUGAGAAACCCAGAUAUAGUGGAUAGUGAAAGGAUAAAAGUUCAACAGCUGGUAGGGAAAGACCAGGAUUUUGUCUAUUAAGGAGAAUAGUUUGGAAAUUCAAAUAAUUAUAGGAUAUAGUAAGAAGCAUUAUUUAGAGGGUGUUGGUGGGCUUUUUUAGUAAAUAGGGAAAUUUCACAAAGGCUCAGGAUAACAAUUCCAAACUGGCCUGACUAGCCAUAAAAUAUUAAUAAAAUUUACUAGCUACAGCAAAUUUGCUCAGACUAUAGCUUGGCAGAAUUCUAAGAAUAGGUAACCUCAAGUCUGGGUUGAUUAACCACUGUCUGGGUACCAAAAGGUUCCCCCCAAAUAUUUGCUGAUCUGUGCUUUUUAGUUUCAAUUUAAAUUGUAAUAUGUACCCCCCCAUCUGAUAUCACCUGAUGUAACCUGGCAUGAAAUCAAAAAGUAGUUCCUAAAAUCAUGUGUAUAUAUCUGAGAUGUUUACAGAAGUAAAAUUGCAGCAGAUUCAAACUGCUUUUUGGUGUGUUGUGUCUAUCUGUCAUUCAGCUGACUCCUUACCUGCCUGAGCACCAGGACCCUGCUUCUCCCACAGGACGAGACCCAACUGGGUCUGUCCGUGGCACCUUUGCACAAUUUUUUCAUCUUCAAAGUCAUAACACAUACUGGAGAGAAACUCUAGGAAUUUAAUCAGGAAUUUAAAAGCCUUUGCAUGUCACCGUUAAUUUCAAAUCAAUAAAAAAAUACAUACUGGAGAGAAGCCCAAGGAAUGUAUCCAAUGUGGCAAAGCAUAUAUGUGUGU